GUCACUGUCAUUGUUGUUGUAGUAUGCGUCCCUCUCGAUGCGCAUGCUCUAAUACCCGCUUCACUCAAUCAUGGCGCGCCUUAUGAUGGCACCGGGGAAGGGCAGUAAGUAACGUAGAUUCUGGCAGUGCAUUCGUUCUCAAACGGCGGCGGCUAGCUACCGCGAAGCUAUCACGACAGCUUCCCAUGGUGACACUUAGGUUGACAUGACUGUAGCAACGAUAGACCUCCCUUUACCGCCCCUAUCGUCUCACAUCUCCACCGACGUCGAAGCCGAUGCCGAAGCUGCCACACAGCAAUUGCUCGAAGAAUCCCAAGGGUCCGCCACGAAACCACGACAGCCCAAACCGUCUUCAGCAGCCCUGGGCGCAAGCCUUCUCAAUGCGGCGCGCAUACAGGACCGUCAGAGUACCUCUGGAGGGAUGGCGCCCAAGGCAGGUGCAGGGAAGCUCAAGCGAAUUAGCAGAAUGACAACGGCGCAGGCGCAUACGGACUAUGUAAGACGCGGAAAUGCAUACGAUCUCUUGUUAAGCCCAGAGAAGGGGGCUUUUAGGUUGCCGGAAAUGGUCAACCAUCAGCCGUUGAAAAUUACACGGAAGAAGAGAAAGGUCCAGUAUAAGGUGGAGGGACAACAGCUUUCUUCUGGGCAGCUAGCACCGCACAGAGACGAAGCUAGAAACAGCGACACCGAAUCGUAUCGCGCUGAAGCAAACAAUGAGCCUCAACUACCAUCCUCUCCCCCCGAGUUCCGCGUAGGCUCUAUCGACCGUGUGGAGACUGGAGCGCAUAUCCGAAAACGGCAAUCUACACACGAUAGUGCGCCCGAAGACGUACAUAUUGACGAGUAUCUGUCCAACGGCAAGCUCCGGUGCACUGUGGUCUUGUAUCGAAAUGAUAGCAAAGGGCCGUAUUACCAGCAGUGCUCCUUAGCCGGGACGAAUCGUACUGACGUUGGCCUUCGAUGCCAUGUUCAUAUGCGAAAACCCACUACUGUACGCUGUGGUGCUGUCACGGAUCAAGACGAUCUUGAUUCGCAAUGUAGAGCUCCAGCACAGAAUGAGACCGUUCAUGGCCCACGAUGUACCCUCCAUGCAGACACUCCCGGGAAACAAUAUGCGCCAUCGAAGUCCAAGAAAGAAAGGGAUUCGAAUGCCCCAUCCCGAAAGUCACAUCCACAAGUUCAGAUCCCAGUGCGGCAAAGAAGUAGGCAGAAACCUACGAAAGGCAAAACUGUGGACGAAUUUAGCGGUGAUCAGCAAAGCGAGGUUACAGAGACAAUUGCAGUAGCAGCGCCAAAGGUCCCCGCUGAAGGUAAACGAACAAGUGCAAAGAAGCCAACUACUAAAAAAACCGCAUCUUCAAGUCAAUCCAGGUCUAGUGAGAAGCAGAAGACUAAAGACUCUGCUAAGGUGUCUAAGGAAGUUCAACCUGUCCGUGAGACCGCGUCGAUACAUAGCACGCCUUUAGCCGGCGAGGCUGGGACUGGUGACCUAGACGCGGACGAGCAGGAACUCGAUUCAGAUGAAGACGAAGACGAAGACAAGGCUGACGAUCCCGUGCAGCUCAGUCGAUUAAGCGCAUUAUCGGACAUUGAUCAAGUCUUCCAAUUCCUCGAUGUUGAGGAACGUGCUGGGAAAUGCCAGACCGAACUCGGUACUACCAUAAAGCGAGCUUGUGAAAGAUCAUGCGAACUAGUUCAAUCGGAAGAUAUUUCGGUUGACGACAUCAUCGACGACUUUCAAGACCUUCAAAGCGUGCUCAAACAGGUUACUACCGAUGUGUCGGAAUCCGAUCAGCUUAGUUUCAAAAGCGACGCCUAUGGAUAUAUUUUCCGUGGUCUUACUGCAUAUCUACAGGUAGUGUACCUUCGGUUAGGUGAGAAGUAUGACUCCAUAGAUGAGUCUUUGGAAGCCCUGCGCAUCCUCUCCCCGCUCACACAUGAAGUCCUUGCAUUCAAGGACACUAUCGCCAAGUGGAAUGCCUCGGUACCUCAGCGCUAUAAGGGUGAUAGGAUCGUCAAGGAGGUUGAAUCGAAACUUAUUGCCCCUCUUCGACGACUUGAUAAAUCGUUUCGAGUACAAUUACAUCAGCUCGAAGCUACAGAUCGCCAGCGCCAAAUGCGCGCAGAACUUGAGCGCAAGCGCCAAGAGGAGUUGGAUGAGGAACAAAGGGUCCGGAAGGCAAUUGCAAUGAGCAACGCGCGAUGGAGUCGCUGGCAGGAUUUGCACAUUGCACGCAUGUUGUGUGAGCCUGAUUGGACGAGGAGGCGGCAUCUGGAAAUUACUAGCCUUCCAGAUAUGGAAGAGAAGGACGCAAAUGGUGUGAGGUUUGAGCGGGUGCCAGUGUUCAGGGCCCGCUCUACGCUGCCAUUGCCGUUGCACUGGGCUUUCUCAAUGUCUGAAGAGCAAGAAUGGACGGAGGAGGAGGAACUCGUUCUGUUCGAAGCAUUGAUGAGCUUUGCUGGUCCAGACGUUUUCGAGAAGAUUUUUAGAGCCCACUGUGGCCCAGGCUGCGUGCUACGUGAUUACAAUGUCAAAGAGAUUAUUGCGAAAUCAGCUUGGAAGUGCAAAGAGUCCAUUCAUUUGCAUCAAGAUAAGGGUUGGCCGGUCCCUGCGUGGGUCAAGCACGUCCAAAAUGCAAUUUCAAAGGUGUGAUAUUUUAGCGUUGUUUUUUUGCGAUAUAUGCCAUCCUUCUCCUGUCUCCUUUUCAUUUGCAGCCUUUUCAUGUUUCAGACGAUAUCCUCUAUCGUGCACCUGGCUUGUGAUGUAUCGGCUUGACUAUGUCGCUUAAUCCCAACCACGAUUGAAAUCCGAGUUGCAGAACCAUAGUUUUGCCUCUUGGC